AGAGAGAGAGAGAGAGAGAGAGAGAGAGAAGUAGCGAAGUGUGGGAGGGGCGAGAGGUAUGCUCCGCUGCCGCUGCAGUUCCUGUCAGUUCCGCUCCGCGAUGCCCCGUAUAAGCGUGCUUUCCAGCUCGUCCAGCAUCGCCCGGCGUUGAUCGAACGGCACAGUUUCCCGAUCGUCAGCCCACAUCAUUCCCGAAUUUCGUUUGUUUCCUCGCAUUCGAAUCCGGGCCCGUCGCCUCUCGGGGAAGCACUCGCACGCGGGGAUUCUCACCUCCCUCAGUGAUAGUCAGGUGCGCGUGCACUCGCAGGCUACGCCGACAUCGACAGGAUGAACUACGGGGACAUGACGAAUGUUGAUCCUGCCAGAAAUCUGCGCAGGAUCGCUCGGCACGAUGAGCCGGAGUUCAGCAACGCCAGUAUCCUGAACAGCAUGGAGAAGUUCGUACGCACCGUGAGCGAGAUGGAGGACACGAUCCUGGUGCCGAGCCGCUUGCUGGAUCUGUCCGUGGGCGACGCGGGCGACACGAUCUGCAUGAGGGGCAAGCGCGGCUGCACGGUGAAGGACACCCUGGCCAACACCGACCUCUACCGUCUUUACAACAUCAUCAAUCAGAUGAAGAUCGAGCUGCUGUGGUCGCAGGAGCCCACGCGAGGCAUCACGGCGGACGCCGAUCAGAUGCCGAUCAAGAGCCAUCCGGUCGGCAGCCCGUCCGCCGAGCUGGCGCCGCACCAUCAUCCGGCGGCUGUCACCGGCGUCAGACUCGGCCACGUGCGUUGCCCCAGCACCACGUCGAUGCAGAGUGUGCAGAGCGCGUCCUCGAUCGCCUCGACCUCCGACUCCGAUUCCGAGAACGGCAUCGAGAUCGACAGCGGCCUGGAGGUCGAGGAAUGCGGGCUCGACCUGGCGACCAUCGCCGCCGAGAACUUUAAACGUCAUCUGCGCGGCCUCCACCGCAGCAUCGCCCGCAUGACGGAGGCGGCCGAAUAUCUGACAUUGCGGUACCAGGCGGACAUGGGCGGACAGGUCUGAUUCGCCGCCGGCAUAGACGACGUCGUCCUCGCCGCCGUCGCCGUCGCCGUCGCCAUCACCGUCACCGUCACCGCGCGUACGUUAUCGAUCGUCAUCAUAUCAAUUGAUACCGUGAACAGAUGCCACGCCUCGCAGUCAUCGGUCUCGUGAACGUUUCCGUGAUUCCCAGUUUUCUGAAAUUCAACAGAAUGCGCGGAUCACGAGGGAUUUUUUUCCCGCCAAUGAGCUAACUCACGUUAUUUUGCCGCGCAACUUAUCAGCAGUUGAAACAUUCAUUCAACAUUUAAAAUUGACAAAAUUAUCAGUUUCAAUAAUAUAUUUAGGAGACACGCGCUACGAGACAAUAAAUUGUCAUCGGGCACAUAGAAUUGAAUUUGCAGUUUCUAAAUGAAGAAACUUGAGACUAUGAGAUAAGAUAUUUCAACAUACCGAUUAUUUAUUAUGGCAUUAUGAGAAGAUAAUGGUUUGGUUCUGUUCUACUGUUUAAUAAUAGCUUUUACUCCGACAGCGAAUCUAAUUGAACAAAACGAUAAGAGUCUAAAAGUCAGGGACGGAUAUGAUUACAUAAUAUAAAAAACCAUUUUCGUUAUUUUGUUACGCAUAUUGAAGCAUAUUGUGUUUCUAAUAAUAGCUUUAAAUAUAUUUGUUUAGAGAAGAUAUAAGGAAAA